AAAAUGCUGUGUGUGGUAAAAAUUUUAUCUCUUGUAACAUUCCUUAAAAAUUCAUCAGAGUACGUCUUAUCUAAUCAUUUUUGGAAGCUCGAGAUCCAAUUAGCGAUGUUUAACUUAUUUUUAGCACCCAUCUCCACCAGUCUUGAGAAAUUCGUGCAAGAAGACACUUCGUGUACUGAAAGUUAAUAGUCGUUGUGCGCUGAAUUCCACGAAUUACUGACCUUUUCCAAGUGCUUAAACAAUGAGGAUUCUUGCCUGUUUCCUGGCAAUCCUUCGGAUAGUGUUCGCCCAUAGAAUUCUCGGAAUAUUCCCUCUUGCAGCCAAAUCUCACGAUGCUCUUUACCAAUCAAUAGUUGGGGGACUUCUCGAGAGGGGUCAUCAAGUGACUGUAAUACGAAGUCUCCCAGCACCUCCAGGAAGUCCUGAGAAUUACGAGGAAUUCCUCUUAAAUGACAUGGAGCCAAUUGCCGAUUCAUUCAACUUGGAGAACACCUUCCCUCCGAAUCUCUGGAAUGUCUACCGAGACUUCUCAGGAUUGAUCGAGAUGUCAGAGCGGAUGUGUUCCAGCCUUCUGAAAUCCAAUGCCCUCUCCAGUGUACUAAACAUUCACAGAGACAACCCCUUUGAUUUGGCACUAAUUGAGCUCUUCACCACGGAUUGCCCCCUUGGGAUUGCAGCUGAGAUGAAUUUAACCACAAUCGGCAUUAGUCCAUGUGCCCUAAUGCCAUGGCACUACACAAAACUCAAUCUCAUGGAUUUUCCUUCUUUCAUACCGGCCGAGUACACGGCUUUUGCCACUAAAAUGACUUUCUGGGAACGCAUGGAGAACUUCCUCAUUGGUAAAGUCAUGAAGAUUCUCUUUAGGAGGCUUCAGGAGCAAGACAAUGUCCUCCUUGAGAGGAGAUUUGGGAGUCACGUGAAGAAAGUUGAGAAUCUGGACCAGAAUAUUGCCCUGGCUCUUGUGAAUCAACAUUUCUCCGUUAGUGGUGUGAAGCCGCUUAAUCCUCGAGUUGUGGAAAUUGGUGGAGCGCACAUAAGACGGAAAGGAGCUCUUCCGGUGGACAUUGAGAAAUUUCUAAAUUCUUCCUCUAAAACAGGAGUGAUUUACAUAAAUUGGGGCUCAAUAAUUCGGGUAUCUAGCCUUUCUACGAGACACUUGGAAGCCCUUAGACAGGCCUUGAACAGACUCCCGAUGAAAGUUAUCUGGAAAUGGGAAGAAGGAAUACCUUUUCCCAAUAAAUCAUCCAAGAUUUUAGCAAGGAAUUGGCUUCCUCAGCUUGAGAUUCUCUGCCAUCCUGCAACAAAAGUUUUUCUUACACACGGUGGACUAUUAAGUGCCAAUGAGGUGGCAUCCUGUGGGAAACCCGUGAUUGUUACACCCUUUUUUGGGGAUCAGCAUCUCAAUGCAGCAGCUAUGGUUGAGCACGGAGUUGGGCUACUCCUACCACUGGAAGAUUUCUCCGUUGAAACUAUCUAUUCUCGCAUCAGAGAAAUCCUUCAACCUGACUACCAGCUGAGGGCUCAGCAGAUGUCCUUUGCCUUCAACGACAGGCUCUUGGAGCCGCUUCCUCUGGCUAUUUGGUGGAUUGAACACAUUCUCGGAAAUCCUUCUUCUGCAGAAUUCUUAAGGACUCUCCCCGUGGAUCUCGACUACAUGAAGGCUAACAAUUUUCAUGACCCUUCACCCCUGCAUUUGGGGAUUUUCUUUUCAAUCCUAGGCCUAGGUUUUCUCUCAAUUAUCAUUGGAAUUUGCAGAGGUUUUACGAAGGUGAAAUUGGGAUUGCAGAAGAAAUUCUCAUGAUUAUGCAGGAGAAUUUGAGAGAGAGAAAAAGUCUUAGAUACAGAGCCUUACAAAUUCUCAUGUAGAAUAAAUAAUAUUUAUUCCCAAAAUGCAAAUUCAGGAAAAUUUCCUCUGCAAGAUAUCUAUGCUAAUCACUUCUUGUACAUAUUUAUUAUUCAAGCUUCUAUUUUUUUCUGAAACUCAAUCAGAAAUAAUAGCGUUUAAAUAAACAUAGAGAAAAUUGGCAGAAAAUGCUUUAUGUUUUUUUUUAUUGUAGUUUGUUCAUCAU